GAGAAAUUUGGAAAGAGAUAAAGGCAGGCAGCAGAGGGAUAAAGGCUGAUAAGGCUUUACCAGUUAGAGAAGAGUGAGCGGAACGUUAUCCUCCCUGUGAAUUUGCUGCUGUUUCUCUCUUUCACUGACUGAUCCAACACAGAUGAUGUCAUCAGAGAACCUGACCUGUGGUUGGCUGCAGCAGCUACUCGUCGUGCUUGUGAAGCUUUGUCUCACUCUUGCUGGGCCUCUGCGACCUCCCAAUGGGACAGACUGCACAGCCAAGAGUCCUGCUUCCUACAUCCUGGUCUUUACAGGUCACUGGAGCCCGCAGGCAUUCCCAAAACAGUAUCCGCUGUUCAGGCCCCCUGCGCAGUGGUCCAAGCUCAUAGCGGUCAGCCACAAUCGCCAAUUUAGGCUUUGGGAGGAGGGUGCUUCAGCCAGUCCAGGGGUGCAGAACUUUGCUGAACUUGGGGUGACGGUGGAGCUGAUGAGGGCAGCCAAGGAGGCCAGGAGGAAACGCACAGUCGGCGCUAUGCACCGAACGGCCGGCAUUCCCAACGGCAUUGGCCACAGCUCCACAGAGAUGCUCAUGCAGCCCCGGAACUCACUGUUGUCCCUGAUGGUGAAGAUGAUCCCCAGCCCCGACUGGUUUGUGGGUGUGGACAGUCUGAAUCUUUGUGAGGGUAACCAAUGGAAACAGGAAGUGACCCUGGACCUUCAGCCUUAUGACGCAGGGACGGACAGUGGAUUCACUUUCUCCUCUCCCAACUUCCCCACUAGCCCCUCAGAAAACAUCACAAAGAUCACGUCUCAGAAACCGAACCACCCAGCCAACUCAUUCUACUACCCGCGCCUAAAGGAGCUUCCACCUAUUGCCAGCAUAAAGCUCACUCGGCAGCAAAGAUCUCCUGACCGUCAAAGCUCGAUGUCUAAUCACAUUUUGCCAAACUCCAUCAGUCCUCAGCGCUUCUCAGCGACACCUCUGGAUUGUGAAGUUUCCCUCUGGUCAUCCUGGGGUCUAUGUCUAGGCCCCUGCUCCAGGGGUGGUGUUCGUCAUCGCACACGUUACAUCCUUUUGCGACCGGCCAAUGCUGGCAGCCCUUGCCCUGAAUUGGAGGAACAGGCUGAAUGUAUGCCACACAGCUGCAUGAAGAAACGGCAGUAAACCACAACGUGCACAAGCACAAGCACAGACUCAGAUUUUUAUCACUGCCGGACUGAGAAAAUGUUGCUGGAUCUUGAGCAUCUCUAAUGAUAGAUUUUUCUUUUAUUUCCUAUUUUCUUGCAGCCAUACUGUGGACGUUAGCUGUAUUUUUGUUGAAAAGUGAUUAGUUCAGAGCAAAUACUCCUCUGAAUAUCUUUUAGGAGCAGUAAAAAGAAAUUUAAAGUGUUUUGGAAAAACUGUUGAAUGAGUAAUCAGGCUCAAAACAAUAGCUUAGAUGUUUUAUAGUGUAAAAUAAUUUUAUAAAUGUACAACUGUAUUCCCAAUAGAAUGGGAAAUGGUGUAAAAUGUAAAUAAAAACAAAAUGCGAUGAUUUAUAAAAUAUGUGAACCCUGUAUUGGACUGAAAACAUUACAAAGAUCACUUAACACAUUUAAGAAACGUCACUUACUUUUGAGAAACAUCUCCAUUUAAAAAAAAUGUUUAAAACAUUUGAGACAAAGGCAAGAAAAGACUGCUGACCUUGUGAAACAUCUUCCAGCUAAUUUGCUCAACUGCCAACAGGUCAGGAAAAGGCAGCAUAAAAAGAGAGCAUCCCAUACAGGCUAAAGCCCUCAGAAGAAAAGAAGAGGAGAGGUUCAACACCCCACGUUUUCAGAGUAAAGCUGCAUGCAAGUUUGGAGUUUAAUCAUUUGUGGUAGAUAAUAUCAUUAAAGAGAUUCGGAUAGUUUGAGAGAAAAUGUCUGCACACAAGGGACAAGGAUGAAAAACAUUACUGAGUAGCUGUGAUCUUCAAGCCCUCAGGCAACGCUGCAUUAAAACCAGACACUACGGCUCAGGAUCACCUCUGAAAACUAUCAUCAGUUAUCACGUUUCAACGAUGCAUCCCCUGAUGAAAGUUAAAACUUUACUAAGCUCUGGAAACACUGCUGCCUUCUCUGCGCCAAAGCUCAGUUAUGAUCAUGCACUGAGGCAAAGUAGAAAACUGUCCUUUGAUCUGACAAAUGAAUAUUAGAAAUGUUUUUUUUUUUAAUCAUGGACACUCUGUCCUCCAGGCUAAAGAUAAAAGGGAACACUCAUACUCGUAUUAUCAGUAGAAAGUGAAAAGCCAAUAUGUAGGUUUUGGAGCAAUAUAUGCUGCCAUGUAGACUACUAAUUUUACAGGGAAAAGUUUGCUUAACUUGUUGAUGGCAUCCAAAUUAAAAUAUAAAUAUAUUUAAAAAAAUUUUGACAUGUUGCCUUUGGGAUGUAAUUGAUUUACAAAAUGUUUUAUUGACAUCUCUUUUUACAUUUUUUAUAUUACUCUUUUUACAAGUUUUUUCAUUGUAUGUUCACAAUAGCAUUUUUUUUUUUAUUUACAACUGAUAGAGGCACACUAGUAACAUCAUAUACUUUUUCAUGCACACAUGUUCACAGAGAUCUGCACUUGAAGGUCCUUGCACAUACUGCAUCCUUAUGCUGCCAUGGAAGCGUUAGCACAGCUUUUAAAACUCUUUAAAAAUAACUUCACGCCCCUAUUUAUAAAGAUUGCCUCUUGUCAGAAUCAACUAAUAGCUGACUUUAAGCGCAGUCACUCCACCAUGGAUAUCCUGUUAUUCAAUAGAACAG